AUGGCAAGUUAUAAUAUCUUAACUCCAGAAUACAAGAUCAUAUUGCUGGGAGAACCAGGAGUGGGAAAGACAAGCUUCUUUUUCAGAGUGAGAGAUGAGGUCUUUCUAGCUGAGAGCCCCACCACUGUGUGCACUGGAGUGGAGCAUUUGGAGCAUCGCAUUGUCAUAGAUGGGCAAGAAGUCAAGACAAAUGUGUUUGACACGGCAGGAGGGGAACGGUUUCGAACGCUCACCUCCAACUACUUCACAAAUGCCGACGCUGCUAUCUUGAUGUACAGCAUCGAAGAUCAGUACAGUUUUGAAAGAAUCGAAGACGAAAUUGAGAAUGCCCUGCAAUUUGUCGAUCCCGAGGAUUUUGUUUGGGCCCUCAUCGGUAACAAAGCUGAUCUACAUCUUGAAAUUGAAGAGAGUAGCAUUAAAGCUAAGGGGAAGCACCUGGGAACACCUCUGCUUUAUUAUACAUCUGCCAAAUCUGGAGCAAAUGUUAAAGAGUCGUUAGACGCAGUUGUUAAGUACGUGCACAGAAAAAGAGCUGGAACACCGCGAAAGUAUUCAGGAGUAGACAGUGACUUACUACCAAUUAUUAGCACAGUUUCAACUCCAAAAAUGAAGAGUGGGUGUUGUUGA